GCUUGGGUACAAAUGUACAAAAUGUGGCUAAAUAUUCCUGGAAACGAGAGCCGCAGGGCAUAGUGGGAUUGCAAUGGCGCUGUCAUGAUCAAAAUUUGGUAUCCUAGCUCUGAAAAUUGUACUUUUACCCUCGUUUGGUUUAUAGGAGGCCUGUGCUGUAUACAGAAAACGAGAGAAAAUAGCCUGAGGUAAACUUUCACAGAUCGAGCGAGACCUUAGUAGGUUUACACAACGACAGGAGUACCGAAAGUGUGCCCAUUAGUCCCUCUUGAUCUAGGGGUGGGAGGGCAGUUGUUGGGCUGACUGUGCGUGCACACAUAUAAAUUGUGUCAGAUUCUCUCUGAGAAUAGACCUGUUUAAGCCUCUAGCGUAUUGCAAAAAUACAUACAGUUCAAUGGCAGCUGAAGGAAAUGCGCCUAAGAUUUUCCCAUCAUCUCACAAAACGGUCGUUAUCUUGGACCACAGUCCCUUCAUGGCAGAGGCAUGUGGGCAGACCGUGGACUUCGAUAUCCUGCCAAAGCAGUCCCGCGCAGCGCCAGGAAUCAUCCCGCUGGCACCCCUGGCCAAGUCUCUGUGGACAUGCACUGUGGAGGCAGCUUCUGAAUAUGCCAGGGUUGUGUAUGAUGUCUACCCACCCAGGUCCAGAGACAAGCUACUGAAGUUUGUGAUCACAGACACAGAAGCCAGGUCUCUAAACAGCUGGUUGGAAGAGGAGCAGUCUUUAUCGAAUGUUCUUCAAGGCCUUGCAGUGGUUGGUCCUCCCUCGGACUCAGACGAUGCUGAGAACUGCAGCGUGAUGCAUGGGCUGGCCAUGGCUGUGGAGUCCCUGUGUGAAGGCAGUGAGAAACAGCUAGAACACAAGGCCUCCCUGUCAGAUCCAGAGGAACCAGUAGUGAACAAGGGAAGGGUGGUCUGCAUCACCACUGUGAAAAGCCAAGGCCAUAUCCAAAUGUUGGAGGAGUGUAUGCAGGAGGCCAUUGUGCAGCAUAACAAGAUUGCAGAGGCAGCUGAUAAGUUACCCAUCACCCAUUGUGAACUGGUGCUGAUUCACACCGUCCCUGUGGGGGCAGACAACAACAUACAAGAUCAACCAAACAAAGAGGUAUCCUCUCUGUUGUCGUGUGAGGUCCACUCUGUCCACUCCGGCAGGCACAUUGCAGCUAAGCUGGCCUUGUUGGUACAGAAGCACUUCCACCUGACCUCCACCACUAUCACUGGGAUACCCAUGAAGGAGGAGCAAAAUGCGUCUACUUCUGCAAACUAUGAUGUGGAGAUCUUACACAGCAAAGAUGCACACAUCGAGAUCCUUAAAAUGGGCAGCACGUCCCAAGGCUAUGACUCGAGUGGAUUUGCCUGCAGUAAGGACAGUUUUGGCAGAGAGACUGUCAUCUUGAAGUGGUGUACUCCUAAGACUAAUAUUGUUGAGCUUCAGUACUGUACAGGAGCAUACAGAAUCACCCCAGCAGAUGUUAACAGCAGACCAUCUUCCUGCCUCACCAACUUUCUCCUGAAUGGUAGAGCAGUGAUGCUGGAACAGCCCAGGAAGUCUGGCUCCAAGGUUAUCUCCCACAUGCUGGCCAGUCACGGAGGAGAAAUCUUCCUCCACUGUCUGGGCACUGGGAGAUCCCCCCUGGAGGACCCCCCUUCUAUCAGUGAGGGGUCAGGGGGGAGGGUCACAGACUACAGAAUAACGGACUAUGGGGACUUCAUGAAGGAAAACAGACUGAUGCCGUACCCUGCUCCACAGGAUGGACAGAUCCUGCCUGAAAAAGAAGCUAUUGCCGUGUUGGAAAGAACCACCCGCUACUGGCCUCUGGUCAUCAGUGACACCAUCAUCUUCAACAUGGCCUCUCACACUGAUCCCUUACCAACACUCAUCACUAAGGCAGCACUGACAGAGGAUGAAGUUGUGGAAUGUCAGAAGGCUAUCUAUCACCUGGUGGGAAUGGAGUCCAGGAGUGAGCCUCUCCCCAUACCUGCCAUGGGCACCAGGGGGAAGGGACCCAAGAGGGAUGAACAGUACAGACAGAUGUGGGCAGAGCUGGACACCCUGCUACGCGCUCAUGCCUCCACGUCCAUCAACCACCAGAAAGUCUUGGAGUGUCUUCAGGAAAUAAGGAGACCUGCAGAGGAGGCUAAAGAAAGUUCCAGGAAAGCAGGGAAGAAGGAGGAGGUGGUGGUGAAGGAGGAGAGGGUGAUGACGGAGCAGAGUACCGCAGAACUGGCCUGGCAGGAGAUACAGAGAUACAAGGCCAUGUCAGAAAGAGAGAGGUCGGACUUUGAGAGAGGGAACACCAACAAUGACCACUUUAGACACAGACAGCAGACGGAGGUGUCAUCACCGCCCAUCAAGAAACUCAAGACUUCUCUGGAAGAUUCACAAGGAAAACAACAAGGUGGCCCACCGUCCCUGCUUGCCAUCUGGACCAGUAGGAUCAACAGUAAAUACAACUCUCGGCACUGUGAGUUUGCAGGCAGGCUGACAGCUGAAGGGAACAAAGCUGAGCUGUACGUUAACCUACAGAAGGACGGCACCAACGGGACCUCUGACAAGCCUAGUGGUGUGAAGCAGGAAAAGAGAGGGCCCUGAUCCAAUAAAAAUGAGAGGCUUGUAAUAAGUUGUAUCAUUUUGUACAGUACAUCUAUCCCAACCACUGCAGCUUCAGUAGAUGACCUGGCAGUCUACAGGAAAUAUCAAAGCUAGCAAAGUUGUGUUGGCAUUUCUGAAGACUGUAUUGUGUCUGCUGAGGACUUGUUUAUAGAUUAAAAGAAAACAUUGUUAUCAUGACCCUGUAACCCCAAAGUGAGGUUUUAGUCCAAGACCUACAUGUAUCUAAAGACUGCGAGUCAAAACUUUUUGUUCUAACCUGUAUGUCCUGCCAAUGGCACAACUGAAGCUCUGUAAAUAAAACUAUCUCAUCUCA